GCCCUUCGCACGAAAAGUUACGCCCUCGCUUGCAACUCUCUUAUCGCCAGUGUAUUGUUCACUGUAUUAUCGGCUUGAAAUUCAUCUGACAGUGCAAUCAUAUGAAACCGGCUAAGUGAGGUAGCUCGUCAGUGCCGCGUAAAGGUGACUUCCGUUCUAUUUACCUGACGACGAUUACUGUGUGCGAAAUAUAUCGACACACAGAGCUGCUGCGCAGUGGCUUCAGCGAUCCGCGGUUCCGCUGCUGGUGAACAGCUCAUCUCAUUUGGAGACUUUCGUUUCACAAAGAUUUCAUAACAGCACCAGCAAGAAAUUCUGAUAAACCGGGGGACUGCAUAACUUCAUCGUUCAGCUUCAUCACCACAACACUGGAACCGGUUGAAACCGCUUCCCUUCAGUGAUAAGUUUUAAAACAAGCCGCCCCCUCUGUCGGCACCUUCACGGGUGAGGAAAAGGGUGCUGAUAGGCUUAAAAAACUCUUCUUCCUAAAGUGUUGUGCCGUUGCGAAAAUGUCCGAGGAAAUGAAAAGCGAGACUCAUUGCCAAGACGCUGAAGUCAACGACUUCUUUAAGAAAGGGCUGGAACACAACGAUGAGUCCAGCAACCCCGUAUGCUGCAGGAGGGAAUGUUCGCACCGUGGGUCCGCACUCGAAUAUCGCGAGUGUUCAGAGCAGGAUGCUGGCGUCCUUCGGCGCAUGUUGAUGACGGGUCCACCCGUGAAGAAGCUUUGUAUAUGGGAAAUCUCGCUGAGUGCGUUCAGGACCGCAUUUGGCGACCUCGAAGGGUGCUCUUCGCUCGAAGAACUUCAGUUGUUUAACAUUGAAUGCGGAGAGGAAGAUUUCAGCGUCAACCUUUCCGGUGUGUUUGGCAGCCUCCAUUCAUUGGAGUUGCACUGCGAGAACAUAAGGGCCACAUUCGCGAAGGACAUUGCAAACUAUCUCCGAGAGAACAAUACACUGAGGGAAUUCAGCCUUUGGUACUCCUGCGGUGGCGACGAGGGUGCCGCAGCGCUCAUAGAAGCGCUAACGGUAAACAACACGCUCGAGAGGUUUACUUUGGCGCAGCUGCAGUUGUCCUCCGAGACCGUGAUCGCAUUCGCGAAGAUGUUGGCAGUCAACUCGACGCUGGAGCUGGUGGACCUUUUCGAUGCGUGUUUCGUGGAAGCAGAAAAGGUGUCGGCUUUGCUGGAGGAGGACCUCUAUGAGGACGUCUUCAAGAGGCUUCGCAUAGUGUGGACAGGGCAACUUCUGCCGCUGCUUACGAGGCUUAUCCGUAAAAAAGCAUGUUGGCCAGAGCUCUCCGUCAGCCUCACCGCUUCGGCGGACCGGGACGUUCUCCGCGAGUUCUUCGACGCCGUGGCCACGGACACUACGAUUCGUAUGCUCCACUUCUACCCGAGCGAUGGCGACACAUUCGAGGAACUCGCGGAUGGCAUCGCCUCGGUCGCAAAGCGGACGACGACUCUCAAGGCAAUCGAUAACCGUAUGCACGUCAAACCGGGCAACGAACAGCAGCUGGUCAAAGUUCUGGACGCCUUGAAAGAGAACCGUUCCGUCACCUCAUUCGCCAUGUAUGCGGAAUUGUUGACGCCAGAGAUAGCGGUGUCCCUGUCCGAUUUGCUGGCUGUCAACGACACCCUGAACGAGGUCUCCGUCUGCGAGUAUUGGGGAAUCACCGCCGACAUCGUGGCAACUAUCCUGCGAGGCCUGAGAAAAAACUACACCUUGACGCACCUCAUGGUUUCCUGGGACCCCGACGAUGACGUCGAGGGUGUCCUCGAGAUGGCAGAGCUCGUGAAGAGGAACGUUCGUCUCCACGAGAAAGCGGCCGAGUUCGUGAGCGCAGAUGGCCACCGCGUGGGCAACGUUGAAGGAGCGGACGCGCUGAAGAAAGUGCGUUGUAGCGCGAACCUGGUCGAAAGGGUGCAGAGGCUCACUGGAAAGACGAGCGACGCUUCUAUGGAGCUGAUACACGAAGUAUUGGCUCGGUUGUCUGCGUAAGGGGCGGCUUGUUGGGAAGCCCGAGUGUUUUACCCCAUCGCUUUUCUAUCGUUAUACACGUGUGUGUGCUUGAUUUUUGACUGGCGCAUCUCUGGGAACUGUGAAAUAAGGUAAACUUCUUGCCGCGGACACCGGACUGCUGAUUCGCUUAAUGCGGACACUUCGAGUAUUCCACGACAGAACAAGGGCAGUCAGCACUUCAAGUUCCCAGGUGGUCCUUCCCAAGAACUGACAGGUAGCCCAAACAGCUUAGCUUCGGUCAUCGGAAGAUGAUCGGCGUAGUCAGCGUGAUGAUGGAGUCACAAGCUUUUAGUUCCGUUAGCGGCGAUACCUCCGUUUUGAUUUGAAUAAAUGUUACAUGAGCCGUGCCGCGGCCCGAGAC